CACACACAAUUUUCACAGCAUCUCAAAUUAUGUGCUGAACUUGUUAAAAUUCUGUGAUGGACAUUUAAUUUAGGUCUGCCUGAACACUAUACGGUCUCCCACAGCGUUUGAUACAGGCUGGACGACUCCCCUAAGAGCUCUCAAAUUUCCAUGGAUACCAUCAACACACACAUACCUUCAAUGCACUGCUGUGGAACAAUCCAGCUGAGUCUAAACAUUCUUCACCUCAUAGGAGAAAAAAAAGUGUGAUAUAUAAGAAACUGCAGGUAAAAUAUAAUCUGGAUCAUUGGAAUAGUGAACAUAUACGCUCCCAGGAAUACCUGUGUGAUAUGGAAAAUCAAAAGAGAACUUUUCAGCAAGAUGCUGAUUUGGCAGUGAUGGAUUCAGAGAUUGGAACACUCCUAAAUUAUAUCGAUUUUAUGGAGCAGGAGUAUUUUCAGACGUUGGAAUCCUCACCAGAUCUCUGUCAUGGGCUUCCAGGACUUCUAAGAUACAAAAGAGAGUCCCAGGAAAGGACGUACAGUCCUCAGCCCCAACAGCAACUGGACUCUCCAAUAUGCUGUCAGUUCUGUGGUUCGAGAGCUUGGCCGCCUCUGGAUCCGGUUUAUGCAGAGACACGAGAGGACUUCUGCUGUGAGAAAUACAGAGAGUUGUUUGAGAUUGUGGUCCAUGAAAAGCAUCUAGCUAUGAAACGUUCUGAUGCAAGGCCUAGUGGACCUGCUCGACUAGAUGACCCCUUCAUCACUGAGGAUGAAGAACUACAAGAUAAAGCACAAGAAAGAGGAAAACGCAGUUUCAGACAGCAGCAGAGAGAGAUGCAGAGAUAUGACAGAGAUGCUCACUCCAGUUUAUUGGCAUCAAACAACAGUGAGUAUCCACAUGUGUUGGACAGGAUGCCCAUGGAUGGACCAUUAACAAAAAAUGCUAAAUUUUGUCAUUAUUUACUACCUGUUAUACAAUAA